AUUAGAACUCCCUAGCCGUAAAAGGCAUAUUCCUGCGGUGAAUAGACGACGAUGAAAUUCCUCAUCGGUGAAGACAAAGGCUGAUUGGGAAUCCACUCUCACCAAUUCUUCAUCAAUUCUACGGUGAAUUAGGCAUUCAUGAUCUUCUUCGACAUCGGUCGUGUCGUGAUGGAGCUCUUCAGCUAUACGACUCCAAGGAUGGCCGAGAACUUACAUCCCUCUGCACAGGAGAGUAAGGAAUUGGGAGUCUGGCAAACUGCUGCAGUUCAAGGGCUUCACGUUCCACCGUGCGAUCCCCAAUUUCAUGUGCCAUAGAGGCGAUUUCAUGAGGGGAAAUGAGACCAGAGGUGAGUCAAUCUACGGUGUCAAAGUUUGCAGACGAAAACUUCAUUCAGAAUCACGCCGACGUCGACAUCCUCUUUAUGGAGAAUUCAGGGCCAAACACAAACUGAUCCAGUCUCACCUUCAAGUAUACUGGGAUCUGAAAUGCCGAAUCGCAAGGAUUUACUUUAUCAUUUCAUUUAGUUGUAAAUGUAUAUUAGAAAAUGAGAUUGGUUGUACACUCUUAUAUAUUGUGUACUUAUAUUUGUAUUUUAUAAUCAUGAAAAUGAAAAAAAAAACAAACGUGAAUAUUUAUUCAUUAGAUUCCAUUAUAUGUUGUUUUUCUUUUUUGUUUCUCUUUGUUGCAUUAUGUUGCUUUUUGUUGCAUCAUGUUUCAUCUUGUUUCUAUUACAUUGUUUCAUCAUGAUGCUUUUUGUUGCGAAUUGUUGUUUUUAUUGUUUUAUGUAGUUAAAAUUGUUUUUUUUUAAUUUUGGUCUAUAUAUAUAUCUUUGUUGUUUCUUUGGAAUAAAAAAUCAUAUAUUGAAAGGAAGGAGGUGGUGAGCCUCCAAAAAUCUAUUUGGAUGAGGCUAUUCACACUAAUUUUGGCUCCUUGGAUGCCCGAGUUCAAAUAAUUAAUGUUCGUAGAAGGUGCUGCUCUACAAAGUUGUGGCUGUGUGUGAUUGGGUUUGGACAGACAACUGAAGACUUGUGGUAGAAACCACCCCAAAUCAAGAUCCAUCGGUAAGGGCUAAACCUGGUGCCCCUCCUGGGCAUAGAUGUUUGGGAACACACAUACUACUUACAAGACAAGAACGUGAGACCAGAUUACUUGAAGAACAUAUGGAAAGUUAUAAACCGGAAGUAUUCGAGUGACGAUGAUAAUAAGACUAAGAGGAUCAAAGAGAAAAAGAAGACAAGAAAUUAAAGCCAGAUCUGAGGAACUGAAAGUAUGAAUAGAUUUUGCUUUUUGUUGCAUUAUAUGUGUCUCUUUUUAUUGCGUUGUGUUUUUUGUUGUUGCAUUGUGUUUCCUGUUGUUAAAUUGUAUUGCUUAUGGUUGUUUAUAGUUGAAUUUAAUUUUAGUUGUUUAUAUGAAUUCCUACUUAUCUUUGCUA